CCAUGGCCGCGUCCGCCCGUGGUCUGUGCCAUGUCGCUUUCCACGUGCCCGCGGGGCAGCCCCUUGCCCGAGAUCUGCAGCGUCUCUUCGGCUUCCAGCCCCUGGCGGUGCGGGAAGCAGACGGCUGGCGGCAGUUAGCUCUGAGCAGCGGCGACGCGGUCUUUUUGGUGAACGAGGGCGCUGGGCCCCAGGAGCCGCUGUACGGCCUGGACCCACGUCAUGCCGUGCCCAGCGCCACCAACCUGUGCUUCGACGUGGCGGACACGGGCGCCGCCGCCCAGGCAUUGGUCACGCGGGGCUGCAGCGUGCCGGUGCCCCCUGUUAGCGUGCGGGAUUCUCAGGGCACCGCCACCUAUGCCGUGGUCAGAUCGCCCGUCGGCAACCUCAGCCUGACCUUGCUGGAGCGCGCCGGCUUCGGGGGGCCUUUCCUGCCGGGCUUCAGGCCUGUGCCCUCUACAACCCGGCCAGGCUGGGUCAGCCACGUGGACCACCUGACCCUGGCCUGCACCUGUGGCAGCUCGCCCACACUGGUGCGCUGGUUCCGCGACUGUCUAGACUUUCGCCACCUGCCACUGAGCCCAGGUGAGGAUCCAGAGCUGGGCCUCAAGGUGACAGCAGGAUCCGGGCGAGGGGGACUGAAGCUUACCGCCCUGCAGCCCCCGCCAGGCGGCGCUGCCCCCGCCCUUGUGCUGGCCGAGUCCCUGCCAGGGGCUGCCAGUGGACAGGACCAGGUGGAGCAGUUCCUGGCCCGGCACAGGGGACCCGGACUGCAGCACGUGGGGCUGUACACGCCGAACAUAAUGGAAGCCACUGAGGGGGUAGCAGUGGCAGGCGGCCAGCUCCUGGCUCCUCCUGAGGGGUACUACCAGCAGCCAGGCAAGGAAAGGCAAAUCCUAGCCGCUGGGCACCAGCCUAGCCUGCUGGCCCGACAGAGGAUCCUGCUAGAUGGCGAUGAAGGCAAGUUUCUGCUUCAGGUCUUCACCAAGUCUCUAUUUCCAGAGGACACUUUCUUCCUGGAGCUGAUUCAGAGGCAGGGGGCAACAGGCUUUGGCCAGGGCAACAUCCGGGCUCUGUGGCAGUCGGUACAGGAGGAGCAAGCCUCCAGGCACCAAGAAUCCUAAGGAAGGUUGGUGCUGGGUUCACCAUCCUGUCCUGGAGCACAGGGCCUGUUGCAACUGAGUAACACCCGUGGAGGCUUGGAGUGGAGAGGGCUUUGUCCCCAGGGGCCAGUACCUGCCAGAACUUGAAUCUCUCACUGGGAUCCAAAGAGGUUGGAUUUUAUUUUUUCUUUGAAACUAUCAAAUUGUUUUUACAUAGUCUAAAACUAAUAUAUAUGCAAAAUAUGAAGAAUAAUAAAGGUAUUACGUAACUAGGUAAUAGAAUAUAUAUAUAUCAAUACUUUUGAACCUUCCUUAUGACCUUCUCUGAUCCAUUUCCUUUCACCCUACCCCUAAUUUUAUGAUUCUUAACCUCCUGAUUUUCUAUGUUUCACUACAAUAGAAUACAAUUGUACAAACAAUACAAACAUAAAUUUAGUAUUUGAGGUAGGAAUUUAAGACCAAACAAAUCCUCCCCUGUGUUUCCCUGCUCCCCAGAGAGCAGCCUCUGCAGGGGGGGAGGGGUUGGGUCAGGGCUGAGCCCAACCACCUGCUCUAAGACAAUACCACUACUCCAGUCAGAGCUGACCAGAGACCAGAGCCAAGGAUGCUGGGUGUCAGCCCCCUGGCAGAGGCCCCCUGAAGCUGCCUUCUCCCUCUCUCCUGGGGGCUGGGGGAGGACAGAUCACUCGGACAGAAUGCCCGCCUGCACUGCCCAGGGCUGGCUGGGAGCUCAGCACCAAGCAGGACUUUUCAGAGAGGAAGAAUGAGAGGACUAGGAAGAGGACGGAAAGUCUCCAAAAUGACUACAAAAAUAAGCACUUUAUU